AUGCGUUUGUCUGAUCAAAACAUUACUGGCGAUGAACUUAUAAAAAUGCGUGAAUUUAGUAAAUGGAUUCUUGAAAUGGGUGUUGGUCGGCUUCCUACGUGUACAGUUGAAGGUGAAGACGAUGGUACAUGGAUCACUAUACCUGAUGAUCUUCUUAUUCCUGUUGCUGAUAAUCCUAUUGAUGCUGUUACAUCCAUUGUAUUCCCAGAUAUUUUGAGUAGACUUAAUGACAUGUCUUACAUACAGGAACGAUGCAUCCUUUGCCCGACAAACGAUGAUGUUGACAUGAUCAAUUUACAUGUGCUUUCUAAGAUGUCUGGUGACAUGCAUGAAAUGUUAAGUGCUGAUGAGAUUUGUCGAAGUACUGAUAAUUUUGCCGAAUUGGAAAUUAUGUAUUCUUCAGAAUUUCUUAACACGUUGCGGUUCUCAGGAAUUCCAAACCAUGAGUUAAACUUAAAGGUUGGUGCACCGAUCAUUUUGUUACGUAACUUAAAUUUGCAAAGAGGUUUGUGCAACGGGACUCGGUUGGUCAUCACACAAAUUAGUCGGAGGGUUUUGGAGGCGGUGAUUAUUACCGGUACUCAUAUUGGAGAGAAAGUAUUAAUUGGGAGGAUUGAUUGA